ACUUUCCUAAGUCAGAGACUUUAGGACACGGGACCCAGAACCAGAUGGUCCGGAGGAGACGCGCCAGCCCCCGCCGCAGCUGCCGGAGCGGUGAAGCCCCGGCGCGCCGCAGGGACUGAGCCAGCCCGGCUGGGCAGCGCCGCGGGGCCGCGCCCGGGCCAGAGGCUGCGGCAGGGUCCGGAGCCCCCCACCCCGACGGCGGCAGCUUGACCCUGUGCCGGGGGGGGCCCCCUGCGCCGUUUCCUCCUCCCCGCAUCCCCCUUUGCUUUCAUGCAACGCCUGGUGGCCUGGGACGCAGCAUGCCUCCCCAUCCAGCCGCCCGCCUUUAAAUCCAUGGAAGUGGCUAAUUUCUAUUACGAGGCGGACUGUCUGGCUGCUCUCAACAAGCUGCACCCGCGGGCGGCCGGGGGCCGCUCCAUGACCGAGCUCACCGUCGGGGACCACGAGCGAGCCAUCGACUUCAGCCCGUACCUGGAGCCUUUGGCGUCGCAGCCGCCGCCUCCCGCGGCAGCAGCAGGGGGCAACUUUGAGCCUCCGUGCAGCAGCGGCGCCGGCCAAGAUUUCCUUUCCGAUCUCUUCGCCGAGGACUAUAAAGGCAGCGGCGGCAGCAAGAAGCCCGACUACACCUACAUCAGCCUCGCCCGGCACAGCCACCCGUGCGCCAGCCAGAGCCACAAGCCGGGGGGGCUGCCGGGCUGCUUCCCGCCGCAGAUCGUGGAAACCAAAGUGGAGCCGGUCUUCGAGACCCUGGACUCUUGCAAAGGGCCCCGUAAGGAAGAAGGGGGCGCGGGGCCGGGACCGGGGGGCAUGUCCUCGCCCUACGGCAGCACCGUGCGCUCCUACCUGGGUUACCAGUCGGUGCCGAGCGGCAGCAGCGGGAACCUGUCCACCUCGUCCUCCUCCAGCCCCCCCGGCACCCCCAACCCCUCCGAGUCCUCCAAGUCCGCCGCCGCCGGCGGGGGCUACUCCGCCGCCCCGGCGGGCAAGAACAAGCCCAAGAAGUGCGUGGACAAGCACAGCGACGAGUACAAGCUCCGCCGGGAGAGGAACAACAUCGCGGUGCGCAAGAGCCGCGACAAAGCCAAAAUGCGCAACCUGGAGACGCAGCACAAAGUCUUGGAACUGACGGCCGAGAACGAGCGGCUGCAGAAGAAGGUGGAGCAGCUCUCCCGAGAGCUGAGCACCCUCAGGAACUUGUUCAAACAGCUGCCCGAGCCCCCCCCCCCAACCACCAGAACCACCACCACCACCAACGCCAUCAGAACCAUCAACACCACCAACACCAUCAACACCAUCAACACCACCAAAACCAGCAACACCACCAGAACCACCAGAACCACCAACACCACCAACACCACCAGAACCACCAACACUAUCACCACCACCAGAACCACCAACACCACCAGAACCACCAGAACCACCACCACCACCAACACCACCAGAACCACCAAAACCACCAACACCAUCAGAACCAUCAACACCGCCAACACCACCAACAAACCACCAACACCACCAGAACCAUCACCACCACCAGAACCACCAACACCACCAGAACCACCAGAACCACCAACACCACCAACACCACCAACACCACCAACACCACCAACACCACCAGAACCACCAACACUAUCACAACCACCAGAACCACCAGAACCACCAACACCACCAACACCACCAACACACCACCAGAACCACCAACACCACCAGAACCACCAGAACCACCAACACCACCAACACCACCAGCACCCCCAACAACCACCAACACUAUCACCACCACCAGAACCACCAACACCACCAGAACCACCAGAACCACCAACACCACCAACACCAGCCCAGGUGCCACAGAGCAAAACAAUGAAGGAAUCAGACAGGUAG